UUCCGUGUUAUCAAAAUCGUGAUUAAUUGGCAAAAGUUAAGCAAUUUGGAUAACAUUUCUCUCUAUAACGGGUACGUCAUAAAAAUUGUUCCUCUCAGUAUUUUUUCUCAGCGAAAUUCUCUACAAAAUCAUACCUAAACUAUAAUUUUAGAACUUCAAUCAAGAAAACUAAGCCAAUUAGAUGAAAGUCGAAAUAAAUGUAAACUUUCUCAACUCAAAAUUUUUUUCGACUUGAACUUUUUCUUCUGCUACUAUUUCUGCUAAAAUGUGUAGCAAAAGUGAGAACUCAGUUUAUUUUGGAUACUUUCAAAUGUGCUCUUUCUCGUGGACUGUAAAAAACCUUUUUUUAGAGCAGAUGGUGUGCUCGAAAACGAAGUUACAAAAAUACAUCAGAAGUUGACAACCUCCCUGUUUCAAACAAUGUGUUAAAUCAAGAAACGGAAAAGAUGAUUGAAGUUACGGGGCUUUUACUGGAAACACUACUAUACCCAAAAUUUAGAAAAUUAAUGAAAAAAUGCAUGGCAACCGAUAGAGAAACUAUUUUUCGCUGUAGCUUUUGAUGUGAAAAGUUUUGAAGUGUAGCUAAAAGAUAGAGCGAAACUAGGACAACAAAAUGCCUAGUUCAGUUUUUCUUACUUUCAAAACGUGAAUACACGACGUCAUUUUUGAGUUUAGAAAGUUUACAUUUAUUUCGACUUUCAUCUAAUUGGCUUAGUUUUCUUGAUUGAAGUUCUGAAAUUAUAGUUUAGGUAUGAUUUUGUAGAGAAUUUCGCAGUGCAUCGUUUAAAAAAACAUCGAGUCUCGGAAACAAAUCCAAACCAAGUUAUAAGCAAAAUACUGAGAGGUACAUUUUUAUGGCCCACCCGUUAUAUAUAGAGAGAGAGAUUUAACCUUCAGACAAUCAGAUUUUAUCUCUCGAUGUUCUAGUUUGAAAUCGCAACGGGAAGUCAACCGUUUGUGAAUGAUAAAAUAUUUGAAUUAUAUGAUAAAAUUCAGAAAUGGCAACCACAAAUUCCUGAACAAACUCUCGGACCAGAUAUUAGAGAAUUCAUUUCACUACUAUUGAAACAAGAUUUGCGUCAACGUCCCAGAUCUUACAGAGAUAUUCUUGAUAUGCCUGUGAUAUCCUCUGUUGCCGUACAACCUUCAAAUGAAGAAAUUCAAUUUGUCACUAUGAUUAUCGAAAAUUUGCCACAAGUAGUAUAG